UGACAUUUUUUAUUAGCUUUAAAUGAUAAUUUGACUCCUAAUAGGACAUAAUGGAGAAAAAUAAUUCAUGUAGCCGUCCCCAUGUAAUGGGAUAAAGGCUUUAUGUUAUUGUUGUUGUUGAGAGGUUUAUAUUUGAAGGAAUGGACAUAUUUUAAAGUUGUGUUUCACAAUCCCGUGUCAAUCUACCCAUCGUGAAGAAUUAAGAGAAUCAAAGCUAGAGACAACACAAGAAGGUAUUGUAAUUACAAUUAAAGAUAGAAAAUGAGUAUCUAUCGAGGAAAUCAAAGAUCAUAAGGAAAAAUAUAUGGGUGUAAGAUUGAAAGACCUUCAAGGGGAAACAAAAGGAGAUUUAUGCUUCAUUUUGGACAAUUUUUUCAAUUCUUUCUAAAACAUCUUUUUAUUAAAAAAUUUCUAAUUAAAAAAAUUUUUGUACUAAAAAUCCGCUUUAGAAAGUAGUAAGUAAACAACCUCAAACGAAGCCUUAGUGUUGAAUUUUAGGUGAUUCUUCUGUGAGGGACAACAUAUAGCAUCUUGAAAGUAGAUUUGAUAUUGAAGAGCACAAUGAUAAUCCAUUAUCAAUCAAAUGUGAAAAGUAUUGUCAAAAUCUAAGGUAAGAUAAAGUAAUUCUUCUAAAUAACAUGAUCUGUGAAAGUUUUUUAGAAUUGAGGUUGAAGUUUGGUUUCUUUAAAAAUUUGAUGAGCUUGGCUUUUAAAAUGUGAAAAAUUGGCCCCUUCAAAAUUUGAAGAAUCAACUUUGUAUGAUACUAUGCGAAAAAUGCAUAUGUGACUAUUUAAGGCGACACAAAUAUCAAAGGUUGUGUAAUCCAUGAUGGGCAAUAGAUGUGAGGGAGAGUUAGGAUUCAAUUGUCUUGUCUUUGAAAAUUAUGUAGAUGUAUAUUAUUUACAUGUUAAUGUGGUGCUUUUAUAACACCUUUUGGACUUCAUUGCAAAUGAGUUAUUAGUUAGGACCUAUUUUAAACGGUGUUUUUAAAGCACUAAGUGAAAUUUGAUGCACAAGAAAUUUUUUUCCCCUUUAGUAAGCAAAGCGUGAAGUGAAGCAUAGCUUUUGCUUAACUUUUUCAUAUAAUUAGCCCCUAUGAGAUAACCUUCGAAUGACAGAAAUUGCUUUUUAAAUUUAUGUUUCAUAUCAACCUAUACGUUUCACUUGUAACACUUCACUAUAAUAAUUGAGUGUGACUCGCUAAUUUCAUUUUAAUAAUGUCAACUUCUUUGAUGACGUGCAAAGAAAUUUUCUUAUUUAUCAAUCCAAUUUGUCAAAUCCUUAUAAUCAUACCUCCAUGAUGGAAUUCGGAAUAUAAUUCUGAACCUGAUGAUUGUCACAUUAUAUUUGUUUAAAAUCAUAUCUUACCCAAUCUCAUUUAAAUUACAUCUUUAUUAUUUUUUUGGUUGUCCCAAUUAUUAUGGCGUACUUCUAGUUGAAAUGAUGCUACCAUAAAAGUUGAUACUAGUUUGAUGUGGGAUGUCUUAGGGUGCACGGUUUCCCUAAUACAAAUCUAGGAUAAUAUGCAUAAACAAGCAAACCAACCCAAAUCCAAUUCACAAUUUACCAACUAUAUUAUGGCAAAAUUGAUUUCUAUUUAUGCAAAUAGGAAUACAAGUACAAUGAAGCCCAAAUAAUAAAGAAGAUUGUCAAAAUUUAAAUAUUUCCAGAAAUCUAUGAUUAAAAUAAAAUCAUACAAUAAUCACAUUAUUGGAAGGGAAAUCAUAUUGUUGCAAACGUUACCAAAUCUUAAUUUCCAAAAUCAAUCACAAAAUAGUUGAUGAAAGAAGAACUAUGAUAUACGUCAGCAGGGAAUAUUUAGGUUUUAUGCUGCUACAAGGAGAAAAGGCUUUGCCCUGAAAGUUGUCAUCAAGACUUGGGUCACACUUAAAAAAAUUCAACUCUAACUUGAUCGGACAAAUUUGAGUUGAAUAUGAAAUUUAAUUAAGCUAAGGCUGAAUUUUACAUGCCUAGAAACCUGUCCUUUUUGAUAAUUAAAAUUAUAUCCAGAACUGUAAGUUUGCUGAAAUAUUAUAAUUUGGCCUAGAAUUGCAAAAGAACAAUAUUUCAAUUUGAUUUUCAGCAUAACAGCAAGUUUUUGAUCUCUGCUAUGGUGAAAAAUCACAAAAUAGGGAUUCACAUAUCUUUGCACAAUAGAAAAUCGCAUAUUUGAGUAAGCCGAUGAAGCAAAAAAGGUAGCCAAAAACAAAAAACUGCAUUCAGGAAAAUCAUUUAUAAAGGAAAACUCAACAAAAUCAUAUUUUGGAACAAAUAAAUUGCAACCUUCAAAGCACCAACCCAAGUACAGUGCUAACACCAAAUUCCCAACCAAUAAACCAAGGAGAUCUCACGUGAAUUGGGAUUCUAGACAACUAAACUGAGAAUCCAGCCAGCUUGCAGUCUAAGCAGCAAACCAGGGAAAUCAAACGUUAAAGACUUAUCCCGUCUCAUAUGCAUUCUUAUUAUAAGUAUGCUAGAACUUUAAAAUUACUAAAGCAACUCAAAUCUUAAAAUAAUAAUGAGCUCAUAUUCCACGCUUACCCAUUGCAUUUCCAAGGAAUGUAAACAUUAGGAUUUCCAUCAACAUGGUUUAUUGGAAUGAAAUCUUUAGAAUUAUCUUGAGAUGUACAAAUGUGGGUGCAAACUUUCUUUUUAUUAGCUAUGUGUUGAGCAUAUCACAUGUGCUUAUCACAUUUUGGUAAACUCUUAUCAUAGUACUAAUAUUAUAUCUUGAAGUUUAAACAGCCUUUCUCUGUGAUAGAUUUUGUUAAUUGUCACAAUAAAGAGACGGAAUUAAUGAUAUGGGCAGCAUUGUGUUGGAUUAGGCGCCAAUGUUUAUUCAUUGAUAAUUAUUUUCUGGUCAAUUCACUGAUUAAUAAGGCUCUAAUAUUUUCAGCAAUUUUGAUAAGGGGUGUGUUUUUGCUAAGAGUGUCAUUUUCUUUUGUCACUUGCUAGAUUCUGUAGCGUUUGUUAAAACAGUUUUCAGAUGAUGAAAUUUGAUCAAAUUUUUUUUGUGCGCCUCUUUUCUUUCUCUCUGAUAUUACUUCUCUUUUUUCUUCUAUGACUAUACAAAAAAUGUAUCAUUUCUCUUCUCUACCUAACCUCUUUCUUAUGAUCUCUUUUUUUUGUACUUCUUCUCUAUUCAUUUUUCUUCUCUCCUGUCUAUGCUGGUUUUUUGUUAAGCGCUCAGGAUUCGGAACCCAAUCGAAUCUUGUUAGUUACAAUUCAUCAUGCUCUACCCCAUAAUGGUGGAUGUGCUGCAUCAAGUGUUUUCCCCUCACGGAUUUGUGGAAAAGAUCGUCACAUUUCAGAAGUCAGCUGGAUUUCAAGCCCUCAUCCAAUAUCAGUCUCGUUCGGCUGCUGUUAUGGCGAGAAAUACUCUGCACGGACGCAAUAUUUAUGAUGGUUGCUGUCAGUUAGAUAUACAAUACUCCAACCUUAGCGAGCUGCAGGUAAAUUAUAACAAUGAGCGGUCAAGAGAUUUCACAAAUCCGUCACUGCCCUCUGAACAACGAGGUAGAUCAGCACAAGUAAGCUACUUACACUUCAAUGGUUUGAUAAUUGUUCAUACUCAGUUCAUAAGCUAAUUGCUAAUGCUAUCUAGAAGCCCCAUGUUUUCAUAUUUUAUAUAGUUUCAAAUGGUUGAGGGGGUGUUGAAUUAUGUGAUAAUAAAUUUCUAAAUAAUUUUCAUACAUAACUGAGCGAAAUGUACCUUGCUAAAAGCUAUAAAAUAAAAUAUACAAAAUUUUCAAUGGUUCUACAACAGCAUCUACUUCGAGUGCAUAGCAAGGUUCUUUGGUAGGAUUUGAAAAGCUUCUAAGCUUUGCCAAAUAUUUUUAUAGGCUAGUAUUGAAGAAAGGGAGUGAUGAUCUAAAUUCUUGUGUAUUUCAUUGAGAAUUUUACACAUUUUUUUUAUACAAUAAGAUUUUAUGCCAUACUAAAUAUUUCCUCCUUUGGAAGCAACUAGUUAAACAUCAAUUUUUAGACAAUUAUCACUAGGGUAAAAUAUACAGAGUAUUAAAAAUGUUUCUAUAGAUAUGCCUAGGGGUGUAAGUGAAUUGAGCUGGCUCGAACUCGACUCGUUAACGAGCCCAUGAGUCGAGCUUAUCGAGCUUAAAUUCAAGCUUGCAUAUCAAACGAGCUCAAGUUCUAGUUUUCCAUGAGUCGAGCUUAUCGAGCUCAAAUUCAAGCUUGCAUAUCAAACGAGCUCAAGUUCUAGUUUGAUGAGAUUCAAAUCCUCGGCUCUUGAGCUCGCUCAGUUUGUUUGAUAUUUAGGAGCAGAAAAAAACAUCCUAUUUAUUAAUUUAUACUAUUUAGGGGUAGAUACUCAGUUUCUUUUAGUAAAUUAUAUACAUUUUUAAAAAAUACAAAAAGCUAUAGUAUUAAAAAAAAAAGUGAUGCUUUUUCUAAAUGCAGCUAAAAAUUUGCAAAAAAUAAAUUGCUUUUAAUG